UUAAGUGCUUAGCUAGCAUGCUACAAGAUAAUCUUCCAUCAUUUAAUUUUUAUUAGAAAUAAAAACGUGACCAAUAUAAAGUUCAGUGCAGCUUAAAUGAAAGGAUAUUAGGAUUGUAAUAAUGGCGGAGAAGAGGCGCUCCGGGGUGGCAGCGGACAGUAAAUGUGUUAAAGCGGAGAGCGAUGAGGAGUUCCUGGGUCAGGCCGGAGUGGGAGCGCUGCUGCAGGGAGCGCUGCUCAAACUGCUGGAGCUGAGACCCGAGGAUCCGAUCACCUUCCUCUCUGAACACUUCAGUAAUGAAGCUGUGGAGUCUGAGGCUGAUGCAGGAGGAGAUGGAGAAGCAGGAUGUGAUGGUGGAGGUGAUGGAGAAGGUGGAGGAGAUGGAAAGAUUCAGGAGGUGCUGGAUGAGCAGCAGCAGCUGGGCAGGGCGCUGUGGCAUCUGAGCCUGGCACACCAUUCUCACAGAUCUGCCUUCAACAUUAACAUCCGCUCGGCGUACGACCUGCUGUGCCAGUGCGGCCCUGGGCGACGAGCCCCUGGUGGCAUCCGAGGACGCCUCUAUAACGAGACGCUGAGAUGUGUGUGCAGCGAUGCUGGCCUAUCAAGCACGACGUCUGCCUCUCUUCUGCAUCGCCUACACUGCCAUGACUAUGAGUCUGUCCCCUUUGAGCUCUUCCGGCAGUCUGUCCUGUCAUGUGCAGCGUUUUCCGAAUACGUUCAGAGAGCUCGGCGCCUGUAUACAAAUGUAGCACGCUGCCCUGAGGAGCCUGCGGACCGGGCAUUGUGCAGCGCUGUACUUGACGCCUUAGGGGAGGCACUGGAUACUUCUCAUGGGCCUGAUGCUACACGCUUCCUGCAGGCUAGUGCCAAGAUCUCACCUGCCAAGCUGGCACAGGCUAUGGCUGAGGCACGCAUUGGUAACAGGGAGCAGGAAGGGCCAAGAAUGGACAUGUGUGAGUUUGAAGCUGCUGCUGCAGCACUGUUUAUAGCCAGGCUGCGAGUGGUAAGCUGAAUCAGAGCCAAAGACACAUAGCAAUAAGGUGAAAUAACUGCAUUUAAGUACAUCUAUGUGUAUUUAUCUGAAACCUUUGGCAAGAUGUACUUUUUCUUUUCUGUUUUUCUUUUCUUUUUACCUUUUUACACUGUCCUCUACUGAUAUACUCAAGUAAUUGUUGCUUGUUGAAUGACACCCUUGUGGGUUCUAAAGGGAGGCUAAUCAUGUACAAAAAGACAGUAGGAGUCGCUGUUACAGCGGCAAAGAGGCGAUUCUCCAUCCAGACUUCCUUCACUCAGACUGGUGCACCACCUGAGCACCUGCAGCUUGAACCUUUUCCCACCCACACUCGUUACUCUUGAAGAUGCUGCAUCCCAAACUGCACACUGACCUACUAAACAGUAUAUACUAACUAGUGCACAUGUAGUUGCGUUGAUACUAUUUACACAUUUAUUCUUAGUGGGUAUAAUUCAAUCUGAAGUACCAACAUCAGUGUGGGACUGUACGUGAUAAAACAACCAAGCAAGAACAGUUAUAAUCACCCAGAAAACAAAUUUAUUUACUUGAAUCAAACGUAAAUGUAGUGAACAAGACAUCUGAAGGAGUUCUGUGGUAUCUGGUACAGGACAUUACCAGCAGGUCCUUUCAACUUCUGUACACUGAGGGGUGGAUCAAAGUACGGUGUGUCCUGGUGCCAUCUUGUCCAUGGGUGGUAACACAUUUAUCUCAUUACCAGUAAUAAAUGUAUAUACAAGUUGUGCCACAGAAGCUUUUUGUUGCCUUUAUUAAAGUCACUCAGGUCUUUAUGCCUGAUCAGAUCUGCUGCAUUCAACAUGUAAAUUCAACUCUAACUACCAUCAGCCAAACAUUUAAUAUUUCUCUGACCAUCACAUGCACAACUGUGCAACAAAUUGCCAUGCAUAUUAUGGGGGUGAGGGUGGGGGGGUGGAUUUAGUAUUUUGGCUCAUCAGUAUAUUUCAUGGCAGUUCUGGGAUUUUAGUGAUUUAUGCAGCUGUUGUUUGUUUGUGACUAAAUUAUUGGAACACAAACAUCUUUAACCAAAUAAAG